AUGGCCAUGGAUGUCUCCUGGACAUAUCCAACUGCUUACAUAAAAGCUUAGAUCGUGGGACAAAACACAUGUUCAGAAUUCUGCUAUUGAAAGGAUUAGUCCAUUCGCUCACGAAGACACACACGGAAGAGGUGACAGAAUAUGACCAUAGAACCUGGGAUCCAGUUCACAAAAUGUGUUCUAUUAUACAAAGGGUAUUUGAGGACAACUAUUUUAACUCAAAAUCUGUUAAUAAUCAUAUUAUUGAAAUUUCUUUGAAUAUUAUUCUCCCUAUGGUGAAUCACAAUUCAAAGACCGUUCGCGAUAUAUAUAUUAAAAUUGUGAGUAACUUUGAAAACAUCUUCAGCUUCCAUGAUGCAUUCAGGAGAAUAGUGGAAUGUAAGAUGUCGAACUGUUCCUUGGAGAUAUUUCCAGACAGCACCUACAAAGAGGAUGGCGGGUGUCCCAUGUAUCAGUUUGCAGGAAUGCUCGGUUCCAUGCCUGUCACUGCGAACAUUUUGAUUUCAAACCCUCAGUGUAUUUCCAAAGGUCAUAUUGGCAGAUGUAACGAGAAGAAAAAGCAGGAAACUUUCCAGUUGCAUAAAAACAACAUUGAUGUACUGCAAUCGUUAAACAGUCAUUCAAACAUUGUGCAACUUGUCGCUUUCCAGAUAAAGCCGUUUCCGUAUUUUGCAAUUCAAGAGGAUCUUAGAGGUCGCUGCCUGAACACCCGUUUACUAGAAACACGAGCAAGUAGAAGUUGGUUUUCCGAACGAGACAAACUUUUAUAUCUUUUAGACAUCAUUAGCGGAUUGCAGUACAUUCAUUCUAGAGAUAUUAUUGUUAGAAACAUUACACCAAUCAGCCUCAUUCUAACUGAAGAGAAAAUCAAACUGGCAGAUAUGAGCUAUGCAUGUACACCAAAGGAAGAUAUGUCACCAGGAAAUUUACCAACGCUAUGGCUACCAUGGGAAGCUAUUUGGAAAGGUCAGUUCACAAAAAUGUCUGACGUCUACGCUCUUGGUCUUACUGCUUACGGAAUAUGGACACAUGGGUGUGAACCAUAUACAGAACUAUAUGGAAAGAAAAGAGAAGACAUACUGAAACUUGUGAUGUUUCACAAGAUACAGCCGUUUCAGUGGGCGUGUAUUCCUGACCGUGUUCAUAGUCUGAUUCUGCGUUGCACGAAACACGAAGCAAAAGAACGAGUAGAACUGAGAGUUCUAAAACAGGAAGUUCAGGAGAUACUGAAAUCUACUACAACAACGGUUACAAGAUUUCGCAUUCAGGAAGUUCUUGAUGAAGAUGAUAUGUAUCCGGAGAUAAGUCAUUCCCAGAAAGAGCGUAAACAUGUUCCAGAAAAGGGCAUUCCUUUGGAGAUUAUGCGCAUGAGGAAAAAGGACCCUUAUGUUAAUCAGUCCUUCUCGAUGUGGAUACCUUCCAGCAUUCCUCAAGUACAACCAAGAGAGCUUUCGUCUAUAGACAACCUGACCAUCACAGAACAGGUUGACAACGUUCUGGUGCUGGAGCCAGUGACUAAGGAUUUUGUUACCGACAUGCUGCCAUAUUUAAAAGCAGAAAACUUCACUAACACAGGUGGAGACAUGACACCCGAACCGCUGACUUCUCCUGGCAAGACGUAUCCAUAUACUUUGGAAAGCAUCUACCCGUUUGGUAAGACGCUAAAGGAAGCCGCCAUGGCCAAAGAGCUACCAGAAUACUACAGUAUAUACGAAGUGGUUUCGGUUGAUAUUACUGUCCUGUACUUGGAUGUCUGUUUGAAGGUGGCUGAACGAAUCAACGAGUACCACGAAAACGGUUGGCUUCACCGAGACAUAUCGGCAGAGACCAUCCUAGUUGCAAAGUCAUUUGUUGAUUCAAGGACCUUUCAGGUGUUUAUGCCACGACUAGGACGAAUGUGCAAAUAUCCCAUUAAUACCACUCAGUCGGGGAAGUUCAUCAAGAGAAAGAGUUUUAAAAACAGAAUCAGAUGGCUCCCUGCAGAAGCUAUUAUUGACGGGGUAUAUUCCCCCCAGAGUGACGUGUACAUGUGGGCCGUCAUGUGCUGGGAAGUCCUCACUCUCCUACACCUGUGGGACAACAACCCAACUCGAAGUGAAGCGCUUUCGGUGCCUUUCUGUAUGGUCAACGAAGAUGAGGUUGUUUUCCGGAAACUCAGUGAAGAGUCCCUGGAUAGGCCAAUCUCGUGUCCUUAUUGGUUUUACAGUCUCUUACAACACUGCUGGCAGCUAAACAGAUCCCAUCGACCAAACAUGGUGGAUAUAAUUAUGCGCAUGAAAGAAAAACUUUCAACAGUACCCAUGCAGUUAGGUGGUGGCAAACCUCGUGUUGCUAUGAGACCAAAGCCAGGCCGCCGUCGACGACCACAUAAUCAUCGGGAAGCCGUGAUGAGUGAGCACUGUGUGGCUAACGAAAGUCUUCCAGAUUCUGCGAGUGUUUCCACUGCUAGCGGGAUUUUCUUGGCUAAACCAACUGGACGAGGCCAGCCGACUGAAGUGGAUAAGGAAAGAAGACACCCAGCAUAUAGAUUUGGAAACUGGGGCUAUGGGAUAGCAAACGGUAGCGACAUCUCGUCUUGUUCAUUGCAGGACAUUCGAAAAGGAGUUUCAGCUUUACCCAACUGCUAUGCUCCAAUGUCAUCUAGUCUCCAGUCUUUGACGAUUGAAGAACCGUGUCUGCAAUACAGUAAUGGACCAUACACAUCGAAACCAGGCCGCCGUCGAUUACCACAUGUUCGUCUGGAAGCCGUGAUGAGCGAGCACUGUGUCGCGAACGAAAGUCCUCCAGAUACAGCGAGUGUUUCCACUGCUAGCGGGUUUUUCUUGGCUAAACCAACUGGACGAGGCCAGCCGACUGAAGUGGAUAAGGAAAGGGAACCUUCAGCAUGUAGAUGUGGAAACUGGGACUAUGGGAUAGCAAACGGCAGUGACAUGUCGUGUUCAUUCCAAGACAUUCGAAAAAGAGUUCCAGCUUUCCCCAAUUGCUAUGAUCCAAUGUCAUCUAGUCUCCAGUCUUUGACGAUUGAAGAACCGUUCCUGCAAUACAGUAAUGGGCCAUAUACAUCUGGAGGUAACCUAGAGUCUCGAGAACAACCUCCCCGGUUUCACAAUAUAAAAAAUCGUGUAUUUGACUGGUCCAAGAAGACUUCCAAAGAGUGUGAAGAUGAAGGAUACCUGACUGCAUCGCAUUAUCAAACGCUAGAUAGACAUAUACAUGAAGACUCUGAUCAAGAAGAACUUUACAUGACUUUAGGGUAGCUUCGUGUCUCUCGCCCUAUCUGGAGUACUUUGCAACCAUUCUUGCCCACUAGACAGAAGUAGCCAGCUUUUGCACGGUGCUAGGUAAAUCUGUCUAGCACCGACAGUUCAUGUGUCUAUGUCAUUACCUGUAAUAUCCAUGUCAUAAAGCCAUUAAAUGUCUUUCGUUAGUAAGCCAGUUAAUAUACAAGCUGUCAUUGGGUCAUUUGUUAACAAGCCAUCAGGACCUGUACACCUGGAUACACGGAUCAACUUAAAGGGACAAACCCUACUUGUUAAAGGCUAGGAUAUAGUUUUCUUUCUUGAGGCCAUUUUUGAUAUUUGAAAUAAGACAUGACUGUGAUUAUAUUGUUUAGAUUAUCCAUUUCCAUACAUCCGAAGUGUUUCUGGUCAUUAUAGUGUUUGUAAUACCACAAAAUGCAUGUUUCAUAUUUUAGAAAAAAACCGCACGUGCGUCUGAGAAGUAACUGUUAUGGAGAGGCUCCCUGGUCUAUUUUUGAAGGGUAUUUCCCCGUUUUAGUGUUACAGACUCUUGUUUCACUGUAUUGUAACUUUUUCCAAAUGUGUUGCAGGUUUGUAGAUUAACUAUACUUAGUGUGAAAAAAACUUAGUGUCAUUUUUCAGGCUGAAACUAGGGUCUGCGACUUUAAGUGUAUAACUGCCAACAAAAGGCGUAAUGCUUUGCUACGAUUUACAGUGUGAUUUGAUAUGAUUUGUGUGUCUGACAUCAAACUACAUUUGUGUCAAUCAUAGUGUCGUCAUAUUAUCGAAGAUGGCAACUUUAAAACCGUGAUUUACCAACUAUCGAAUUAAUAUGUUAUUUUUGAAGUGUUAUAACAUCAAUGUAUAUUAUUUAAUAUGUAAAAUAGGUAUGGGUACACAAAUUAAUGAUUUGAACAUUGUAGGGCAAUUUCUAAAAUAUUGCGAAAUAAUUGUUGUAUCAUAAAUUGGACAGAUGAGUAUUAAAUGGCAUUCAUCUUCUAUACUAUUACUAGUUACAUAUUUAACACUUUCUAUUUUCUAAUAAAAUAGGAUUGGUCUACCUUCCUAUCGCAGAGAGACUAGCCAAUGCAAGUAUUGAUUUCUUAACAUACAUAUAAUCGGAACACUAUCAUUAAUUUGCAUCAGUGUUUUGUUUUGUUGUUGUUAUGAUUUCUGUUUCUCUGUGUAUGAUGUUGGAUAUAUGUUUUAAUGUGAUUAUUUAUGUUUUUGAUAGUUUUAGUAAUA